AUGGUGAAAGAGGAGGGAUGUAAAUACAGUAUGUGUUUGAAUAAAAUGUUUUUUGGGUAUAGAAAACAUCUAUGGUUUUAUGGCAGGCUUGAAUUUUCUGGAAAGUUUGAAAAAUUUACUUUGGAAAAAGAAAGAUCCCCUAAAACAUGUGUCCAGCAAGACAGAAGAAGCAAGGCGAAAAGACCAGGAAGGAGCUUGAAAGUGAGGAAGAAACCACUGAAACCACCGAUUCUUCUGAAUAUUCUGAUGAGGGCACUGAUGGGACCAGCGAUUCUUCGAUUGACACAGAUGAUACAUCUGAUGGAGACUCGUACACCAGCGCUGAUGAUGAGGUGUCUGAUGAUGAUGGAGACGACGAUUCCGAUGACUUGGAAGGAGAUAGUGGGGCUGAUGAAGAAUCCAAUUAGGAAUAAAGUAUUAUUAAAGUUGGAUACUCUACUUUUAUUUUAA